UACAUGGGCCCUGCAUUGCAACUCUUUUUCAAUUAAAAUAGUGCCGUGUUUAUCAUUCUCGAAGUUGAAAAAUGACACAUCUUCGCCACCGUCUCACAUCCAUCCUCGGCCACCGCUUCUCCUCAUCCUCCGCCGCCAGAAAGAAGGUGCCCAUUCUCUAUGAAAGCCCAGAAAUCAAUGACCAAAAUCGGAAAGACGUCGUGACACUACAGCUCCUUUCGUGGGGAAAAGGUGCUUCUGGCCAGCUUGGUGGCGGCAUCGAAGAAGUACGACUAUACCCAGUUCCAGUGGCCAAUCUUCAGGUAUUACCGUCCUCUUUCAGGCUCUCUCCGACCCCAGGCCAACUUCUUCUCAGAGAUAACAAAAUCAGAGAUAACAAAGAAGUAAUUGAAGUGGGAAUUUCUUGUGGAUUAUUUCACUCUGCAUUGCUUAUAGAUGGUAAUUUCUGGAUUUGGGGAAAAGGGGAUGGGGGACGUUUGGGCUUUGGACACGAGAAUCCUGCGUUUGUUCCUACGCUAAACCCUAAUUUGGAUAGCGUUCGGUCUAUUGCUUUGGGUGGUAUUCAUUCUGUUGCCCUCACUUCCUUCGGCCAGGUCUUUUCAUGGGGUUAUGGUGGUUUUGGUGCACUGGGACAUUGUGUUUAUCACAGAGAGCUGCUUCCUAGAUUAGUUGAAGGCACUUGGAACGGAAAAAUAAAGCAUAUUGCCACUAGUGGCACGCAUAGUGCUGCUGUUACUGAAUCAGGGGAACUUUAUACAUGGGGACGGGAUGAAGGCGAUGGUAGGUUGGGCCUUGGCCCUGGGCGGGGCCCAAAUGAAGGGGGUGGACUUAGCAUCCCUUCCAAAGUCAAAGCAUUGCCUGUUCCUGUUGCUUCUGUUUCCUGUGGUGGUUUCUGUACAAUGGCGUUGACGGAGGAUGGGCAGGUUUGGAAUUGGGGAGCAAAUUCAAACUAUGAGCUUGGAAGAGGUGACAAGGCUGGUGGCUGGAAACCAAAACCGAUUCCUAGUCUUGAAGGGGUUCGUAUCAUUCAGAUAGCAACUGGUGGAUAUCAUUCUCUUGCUUUAACUGAUGAGGGGAAAGUUCUUUCAUGGGGCUUUGGUGGACAUGGCCAGCUGGGCCACCCUUCAAUUCAAAACCAAAAAACACCAGCAGUAAUUGAGGCUUUAGCUGAUCAACAUAUUGUUUAUAUUGCUUGUGGAGGUUCAUCUUCAGCAGCUGUAACUGAAAAAGGGAAGUUGUAUAUGUGGGGAAAUGCCAGAGACUCUCAAUUAGGUGUUCCUGGUCUGCCAGAGGUACAGCCAUGUCCUGUUGAGGUCAGGUUUCUAAUGGAGGAUGAUGGCUUGGGACCCCAUAACGUGCUGUCUGUCGCUGUUGGCGCAUCUCAUGCAAUGUGUUUGGUUUCAAGAUGAAGAUGCUAAAAAUAGAAUCAAUCGUAUGGCUGUAAGAUGCAGACUCUGCAAGGCUACGGAGGAUGAAUCGAAACCAUUGAUGAUCUGAGUCGAGAAUGAUUAGUAAAUGAGAAGUUUUGCAUAGACAUAUUGGAGCUUCUUGUGGUUUUAUCUCCAUAAUGUCAUUUAACGCAACUCUAUUCUUUCUUGUAAGUUUCUAUUGCCUGUGUUUCUUACAGGUAUAAUUUUUUUUCAGCCGAAAGCAGAUUACAUGUUUCUCACCACAGGUGGAGAACUUGAGUUCCUUCCUUUUAUGAAUUGGAAGAGAGAAUUGAUGCAGAAAACUUUAGAAGUGAUGAAAUUUGAUUGUUAAAGUUUCUUUCUACAAAGAUGAAGAAAUGGCUACAAUGUAAAUUGAUAUGA